AUGACGCGCGUGUACGUGGGCAACAUCGACAAGCGGGCCACGAAGGAGGAGCUGCUGGAGUUCCUGAAGCCCAUGGAGGACACCAUCGAGGACUCGUGGCUGGCCAGGCGCCCACCGGGGUUCGCGUUCCUCACCGUCGCCUCGGCGCAGGCGAGGGAGUUUGUGGAGACCUUCAACGGGAAGGAGUUCCGCGGCAGGGUCCUCGUGGUGGAAACCUCCACCACCGCCACGCAGCCGCGGGAGCGGGCCCUGCGACGCCGCGAGCGCAGAGACGACAGACGCUCCUACAGCCGCCGACGCUCCUACAGCCGCCGACGCUCCGUUAGCCGCCGACGGCACCGGUCGGAGAGCCUCUCGAGACACCGCAGUGACAGGCGGCGUGCGCGCAGCCACAGCCGGCCCCGGGAUCGCUCUAGGGACCGCAGGCGCCGCCGACGCUCCUACAGCCGCGACAGCUCCCGAUCCUCGCGGUCUUCGUGA